CUACUUCCUCCUUUCACACAUACCAAACUUUACUAGGCCCACACGCCUGGCACAUAGGCCUAUCAUCUCUUAUUAUUCUCUGUUUCAUUCUGAAACCUUUCCUAUUAUUUUGAAAUUGAUACAUAAUUUCACUUUGGAAUAAAUUUAUUCUUUCUUCAUUUCAUACCACAUGUAGUUCUCAACAUAAAAACUAGUAUUUUCUAAAUGAUAUUUUCGAGAAUUUUAAUUUAUUUAUCUUUUUCUGCAACAAUUUUUUAUAUUUAGGUCUUCUUUAUACUCAUCUCUCAGUGCAAGACAAACAUUUCCGGUUACCCUAUUUUCAUUACAUUCAUGCAUAAAAGAAAAGUGGUACAUUCAUAUUAAACAAAUCUGGUGGGACAGAAAUGAGACUCGUGUGACGCGAUUGGGUUAAUUUUCGUCAGAAGUUCUAGAAUAUAAUGGGGAACUUGCAUAGUUACAUAACUAGUAAUUUCAGCAUGAUUCUUAAUUACUCAGCAUUGACGAAUAAGUCUUGCUCCCUGGGAUACGCGGUCACGCUAACUUAGCAAGGAACUAGCAAAUGAGCAACAACAAACAAGUACCAAAAAUAGUUUGGUCUCUCAAAUUGAUUUAUUUACACCUAAUGCCACUAUUCUUCAUUUCUUAAUUGCAAAGGAAAACGCAAGGGUAUUGUUGUCACUUAUCCUAGUAAUACCAGAGUCAUAGUCAUAGUCAUAGGUACAUGCACCUUCCUCAUCACACAUUCCAGAAUCUCAUUGAUAUAUUUAAGAGUGUAGUAGUACCUAUAAAUUCUCAUAAUCUCAUUACUUUGUUACUAGGGAGGUUCUCAAGAGUUCAACACAACUUUGUGUCCUCUUUGCUAUAGUAACCACUAAACCUAGCUAUCUAGGUAACCAUGAAAAGAGAAAGAGAAGAGGGUGAGUUAAACAAGGGUAAUUGUUUGAUGCUACUAACCAAAGUUGGUGAGAGUGAAACCAACUCAUCAAAGGAUGAUAUUGGUGCUUUUAAGUGCAAAACAUGCAAUAGACGUUUCUCUUCUUUUCAAGCCCUUGGAGGCCACAGAGCCAGUCACAAGAAGCCGAAGCUCAUGGUUACAGAUCUUUCGUGCCACCAUGACAGGUUACAAAGCCCAACCAUGAAGCCCAGGAUGCACCCAUGUCCGGUUUGUGGGCUUGAGUUUGCUAUUGGACAAGCUCUGGGAGGGCACAUGAGAAAGCAUAGAAGCGCUAUUAAUGAUGGUUUGAUGACUCUUAAGCAUUCUUUGCCCAUUUUGAAGAAAUCGAAAGAUGCUAAAAGGUUGAAUGGGUGCUUAGACUUGAACCUGACGCCAUUGGAGAAUGAUCUUAAGCUCAACUUAAGAGUACGUCUGUCCUAA